AUGUAUCCUCCAAUCGACAGGAACGUUUUGUAUCCUCCAAUCAACGGGAACGUUAUGUAUCCUCCAAUCGACAGGAACGUUAUGUAUCCUCCAAUCAACAGCAACGUUAUGUAUCCUCCAAUCAACAGCAACGUUAUGUAUCCUCCAAUCGACAGGAACGUUAUGUAUCCUCCAAUCGACAGGAACGUUAUGUAUCCUCCAAUCGACAGGAACGUUUUGUAUCCUCCAAUCGACAGGAACGUUAUGUAUCCUCCAAUCAACGGGAACGUUAUGUAUCCUCCAAUCGACAGGAACGUUUUGUAUCCUCCAAUCAACGGGAACGUUAUGUAUCCUCCAAUCGACAGGAACGUUAUGUAUCCUCCAAUCAACAGCAACGUUAUGUAUCCUCCAAUCAACAGCAACGUUAUGUAUCCUCCAAUCGACAGGAACGUUAUGUAUCCUCCAAUCGACAGGAACGUUAUGUAUCCUCCAAUCGACAGGAACGUUUUGUAUCCUCCAAUCGACAGGAACGUUAUGUAUCCUCCAAUCAACGGGAACGUUAUGUAUCCUCCAAUCGACAGGAACGUUAUGUAUCCUCCAAUCGACAGGAACGUUUUGUAUCCUCCAAUCGACAGGAACGUUAUGUAUCCUCCAAUCAACGGGAACGUUAUGUAUCCUCCAAUCGACAGCAACGUUAUGUAUCCUCCAAUCGACAGGAACGUUAUGUAUCCUCCAAUCGACAGGAACGUUAUGUAUCCUCCAAUCGACAGGAUCGUUAUGUAUCCUACAAUCAACAGGAACGUUAUGUAUCCUCCAAUCGACAGGAACGUUAUGUAUCCUCCAAUCAACAGGAACGUUAUGUAUCCUCCAAUCGACAGGAACGUUAUGUAUCCUCCAAUCGACAGCAACGUUAUGUAUCCUCCAAUCGACAGGAACGUUAUGUAUCCUCCAAUCGACAGGAACGUUAUGUAUCCUCCAAUCGACAGGAACGUUAUGUAUCCCCAAUCGACAGGAACGUUUGUAUGCUACGAAAUAUAA